GCCAGUCCCGCCGAUUUUUCCUCCUCCCGCUUGGUUUCCUCUCCCUCGCGUCAUUUACCCUCCGUCCGUCGGCGGCAACGGGUCGUCCGCAGGCAAUAUCGGCACAGCGGUGCCGCUACCAGGCUGUCACUGCUUGCAGGUGGAUGAAUGGUUGGUGUGGAAAUCGGAUUGAGUAGCUAACGUUGUUGGCUGCCUGUUUCGGUGGAGCAGAGAGAGGAGGGAUGAGAGAGGUGGCGCAUGGCUGCAACUGCUGAUUUCUUCGGUGGAGAGAGGAAACAGAGGGAGAGAGAGAGGAGGAGCUCAAGCUGCUUGGAUUGGAAGUAAUUCAGAGGAAGGGGAUGGCGUGGGUGGGUGGUUCUUGGCUUGCUGCUUGGAUUUGCAAGUAGCGCAGGGAGGAGCGGAGAUCGAUGGGGAGCUUGUUUUCUUUGUGGAUUUGGUGAUCGGAUUGGAAAGGAGGAGGAUAGGAUAGCUGCUACCUGCUAGUUGCCGAUUGGUGCUUUUGUUGAGAGAGAAGAGAGGAGGUGGUGACAGGCUGAGCUGAGGAGAGGAAGGUCAAGCUGCUGCCGAGCUUUGCUUCGUGGAGAAGAAAGAAGGGAGCAGGGAGAAGCGGCGGCGGCGACGUGUUGCUGGGAGCCUGGAACGGAGGGGAGAGAGGUGAAGGGUCCGCACACAUGGACGACCUGGUAGAAACGAGUGCUCGGCCCAUCAGCAAAGGCAGUUGCGCAGCCUCCGUCAGAGCGUGCUCGGCCCUUGCAUUGGCUCCCCCGUCUCCGGCAGGCGGCAGCUGAGCCUGAGCCACGCAGCGGCCGAUGUGCCCCUCGCUGAAGAAAAUUCCAUACCAAACGUGUCGCCCGUCUCGGAUCGUUCGUGAACCGCGCACCGUCACCGCUUCUCGGUUCUCACCCGCCGCCGCCACCACCCACCAGCAUCCGCCUUCCGCCGCUUGGCACCGGCCGCCAAGUUCCCAACUAUUUUACCCCGCGCCGGCCGUGAUCUCUCGUCGAGAACACGAGGCCUUUCCGGCUUUCCUACCACCACCUACACGGCGCACGGCCACGCGGACCCGGCAAACCCCCCGCCUCCCGCCACGUCUCUCCCCACGCGUACCCCUCCCUCCUCUCCCCCAACCCCCCGCCGCCCGCCGCUUGCCAACUGCCACCGUCACCUCCUCCGCCGCCCGCCACCCCCGCAAAACUCCUCGAUUUCCCCCAAAAACCCACCCAAAACGCCGAAACCCAUCGACACCCAACCCAGCGUCCAACUCCUCUGGGCUCCCAACUGAAGUCCCCAGCCAGCCAUGCCGCCGCUCGCGCGCCGCCUCCUCCACCUCCACCGCGCCCGCGUCUCCCGCGCGCUCCACACGGGCGCUCCGGCGGACCCGGGCGUGCUGGCGUGCCGCCUGGCGUCCCGCGCGGUGGUCCGCUUCGCGGGUCCCGAGGCGGCGCGGUUCCUCCACUCGCUGCUCACCAACGACCUCCUCACGGGCGCCUUCGCCGCGGGCGGGUCCUCGGCGCCACAGCGGUACGCGCCCACGCCCAACGCGCCCGCGCGGGGGCCAGCGCCGCCCGCCUACGCCGCGCUGCUCACGCCCCAGGGAAGGUUCCUCUACGACCUCUUCCUCUACCGCCCGCCCCCGCGGUCGCAGAUGCUCGACCGCACCGGGUCCGCGCCGGAGACCGGGGAGAAGCCCCAGGAGGAGGAGGGGGAGGGGGAGCCAGAGGAGGUGCUCGCUGAUGUCGACGCCGCGGAGGUCGACGAGCUCGUCGCGUGCUUCAAGAGAUAUCGGUUGAGAUCCAAGGUUGAAAUAGAUAAUGUGAGUGAGAACUUUGCAUGUUGGCAAAGAUUUGGACGCAAUGUGGUGCAUACUGAACCAUCUACUCAAGAACCUGAGGCUCAAUCCAUUGGAUGGGGACAAGGUGUUGAUCAUGCUGGUGAGUCAGCUGCACAAGGGAAUGGUCAUGGUUGGCAAUGGCUCAAAGAUCCUAGGUUGGACUACCUUGGUUACAGAGGAAUUUUCCCAGCGGACACAAUACCACCACUAGUUGAGUCUGACAAAGAAGCGGAUGAACGGCAUUAUCAGCUUUGGCGGAUAGAAAAUGGAAUUGCAGAAGGUUCAACUGAGAUCCCAAAAGGUGAAGCAAUCCCACUGGAGUACAAUUUUGCUGGCCUGGGCGCCAUUUCAUUUGAGAAGGGGUGCUACAUUGGGCAGGAGUUUAUUGCACGGACGCACCAUCGUGGUGUCAUUCGGAAACGCCUGAUGCCAAUGAAGUUUGUUGACGAAAAGGGGCAAGAACUCGAGCAGGCUGUGGCUCCAGGUUCAGAAGUCGUGGACGAGGCUUCAGGCAAGAAAAUAGGCACAGUAAGCACCGCCCUGGGCUCCCGCGGAAUGGGCCUGUUGAGACUUGAAGAAGCACUGAAACAAGGCUCGUCCCUUCGCAUCAGCGAUAACAGGGACGUGAGGGUUCAGGCGUUCAAACCGGACUGGUGGCCAGCUGAGUGGACGCAGAUCCUUGACCAGCAUAGCGCAGCUGCCUGAGAGGAUCAAGAGCUGCAAACUAACGGCAAAACUCCCAGCGAAGCUGAUGGGAGGUCGUAGCUGAAGUUCUCCCAUCAGGUGUUGAAGAGUGGCAGCAGCCAUAGCUAACAGUUUCAGUUUAGCCAUGUUCACCGAGCGAUGCACAGAGCCUGUUUUCCUGCUCUCUGCCUGCGCUCACUUGUACGUCGAUCUGAAUAAGCGACUGUAUCAGCAUGUGAUCCAAGCAUGUACUUUAUUCGAAUAAGUUCCUCUGUUGACAGCGCACCAGCAAUAAGACUGAUCUUGUACGAGAUAUCCUGUUCUUGUACAACGUUCUCUCUUGGACAGGUAUAAAUCAUAACAGGUGCGUUGAUCUCGCAUGUAAAGCAUUUCA